AUGCCGCAGUUGCGUGCGAAGAAGCUCAGCGCUGAGAUCGCAAACGGCCGACUGGCGAUGAUGGCCAUCAUCGGCAUGUUCUUUCAGGAUGGUCUUACUGGAUCUGCCUGGGGAGACUGGGCCAACUACACCGACUCCCCUCUCCGUGCUUUCGAGGAAGAGACUGGCGUCCAGCCGCCGGUCGGCUUCUGGGACCCGCUUGGAUUGUCCGCCAGCGGCAACGUCUAUGACUUCAAGCGACGACGAGAGGUUGAGCUGAAGCAUGGUCGAGUCGCCAUGUUUGCGACCAUUGGAUACAUCCUGCCGGAGUACUGGCGCUUCCCAGGCUACCUGUCCAAGUACUUGGACAUUAAGUUCUCCGAUGUUCCCAACGGUCUCUCCGCCUUGUCUAAGGUCCCUGCCUUCGGCUGGCUCCAGAUUGUGGGCUUUGCAGGCAUCAUAGAGGUGCAGGUCUACAACGAGCAGGUCAAUGACGAGCCCGGCAAUUAUGGCGCUGGUUUCCUAGGCCUCCGCUCCGUUGGCAUCAUGAACACUGGCUUCCAAGACCCCGAAGUCCGAAAGAAGAAGCUGAAUGCCGAACUUGCUAACGGACGACUGGCGAUGUUCGCGAUCAUCGGGAUGUUCUUCCAGGAUGGCCUGACUGGUUCUGCCUGGGGUGACUGGGCGAACUAUGCUGCUUCCCCGCUGCGUGCCUUCGAGGAGGAGCUGGGUGUGCAGGCACCCGUGGGCUUCUGGGACCCGGUUGGCUACACCCGCGACGGAAGCGCGGAGACCUUCAAGCGACGCCGCGAGACCGAACUCAAGCAUGGACGAGUGGCUAUGUAUGCCACAGUUGGAUACAUUGUGCCCGAGUACUUCAAGUG